UCGAUGUGGCAGCCCUGGUCGGCCACCAAAUAAAAACAUUUUGGCUUAAAUUUUAGAAGUUACCAUUAAUAUUAUUAAUUAAUUUGAUAAAUUCGAAAAGCAAUGCCGGGCGUAGGAGUGUUCGGGACCGGAGAGAUAGCCAAUGUUCUGGUGCCGCUGCUGCGAGAAAAGGGAUUCGAAGUGCGGGCCAUUUGGGGCAGGACCCUAAAGGAGGCCAAGGAGACGGCGGCCACGCAGAAUGUGCAGUUCCAUACGAACGUCAUCGAUGAUGUCCUGCUGCGCAAGGACGUGGACCUGGUGUUCAUCGUGUGCCAGCCCUUUCUGCACGCGGAGAUCUCGGUGAAGGCUCUGGGCAUCGGGAAGCAUGUGGUGUGCGACAAGCCAGCGGGCUUGCACCAGCAGGACGCCCUCAAAAUGGUGCGGGCCUCACAGUAUUAUCCCACUCUGAUUUCCCUGGUCAAUCAUCCGUUGAGGUUCCUGCCCGCCUUCACCCACAUGCGUCGCUGUCUGCAGGAGGAGCUGAUCGGCUCCAUUGGCGACGUGGUCCUCAUGGAUGUGCGCGUUCAGAUGGGCACUCUCUUCCCGGAGAAAUACAACUGGAUGUGCGAUGCCCAAAUGGGCGGAGGUGCCCUGAAUCUCGUGGGUUCUGUGGUGGAUUUGGUCACCUUCCUGCUGCAACAGCAGGCCAUCAGGGUUCAUGGAGUCCUGCGAUCUUACACCAAAACCACGUCGGCCAUCAAUGGCAUACGACAAAUCACGGCUCCCGACUUCUGUAACUUCCAAAUGGAACUGUCCACCGGAACUCUGGUGACCGUAGCGCUCCAUAGUCACACAGUGCCUGCAAAAGCCUUCUCCCAAGAGGUACUCAUUUAUGGCAGCAAGGGUCACCUGGUCGUUCGUGGCGGCGAUCUGUUUGUCCUCAAGGAGGGACAACCCAAAGAGGAAGCUGUCUAUGUGGACGUCCAGGAUCUGCACUUCGCCACCAAUAACUCUUUGUUGCCACGACCCUAUAUCAAAGGGCUCUGCAAGAUGGUGGGCGCUCUAAAAGAAGCCUUUGGCAGCAAGGAGUCCUCCUGGGUAAAAGCUCCCGUUUCCACAGCGGCCACCUUUGAAGAUGGCCUCUAUGUCCAGGCUGUGGUGGAGGCCAUCCGAAAGUCCAACGAAACCAGGCAGUGGCAAAGGGUUCAACUGUCCACUGAUAGCCCGCUGAACCACGAUCAAAUCAUUCGAUAUGCACGCAUGUCCACUAUGUAAGGGAAUCGGUGUAAUGUGCAAUAUCUCCAAGAUUCCAAUAUAUAUUUUUAUAUAUUUUUUGUGUUAGUCUUUAAGCAUUUAAAUGAUCGGGGCUUUUAAGCCUGCAUCACCUCCAUCAAUGUAGUUAACUUAUUUGUAUGGCAUCAGCAUUUUGAACAAAUAAAAUUGAUUUAAUUGUUAGACAAAUCUAAA